AUGAAAGGUGGUCUGCGUUUCGCACUCUGCGCUUCGCUACUCCUAUUUUUCUCCUUGUACCUGCUGGAGGCACAUCUCAAAGAUCUUUAUGAUCAGUAUCGCGCCGGCACAUAUUUGGUUGAUUGGCUGGACCGAAAUGGAGCCGUUCGAAGCCCGGCAUUCAACGAUGUACCAGGCGACAAGGUGGUCGUAAUGGCCAAAUUGCAAGAGGAGCCUACCGACUGGGUACAGGAGGAACUUCCAGAGUGCGUAUAUGAUUUGCUCUUUGAUAAAAUCAAGCUUGGUUCAAUAUUGAUCAAACCUCUCCCGAACAGCUGGCAGCGCGCCAUCUACAUAGUCAACCCGUCUGAAGAUGCGCGAUCCGAUUCGAAUGUGCUCACAACACCUCUUAACAAAGGCCACGAGUCUAUGGCUUACUUGACCUACGUGAUCGACCACUACGACGCCCUUCCCUCCACAAUUGUCUUCCUCCACGCACAUCGUGCAGGGUUCCUGAUGGCAUGGCACGUCGAUGCGCCGCUCCACGACAACGUCAACGCAAUGCGCAUGCUCCGAACCGACUUCGUUCAACAAAACGGCUACGUCAAUCUCCGCUGUAACUGGAACCCAGGCUGCAAGGAAGGCCACCGCUUCAAUCAACAUGUCACCGAGCAGGUCUGGUGGGAUAUUUUCGAAGGCACGAGCACUCCGCCGUUGAACCACUCCUCGCCCUACGAACAGGAAUACUCGGAGUACAAAUACAUGCGCAAGCCAGAUCAGAUUGGUGCGGCGUGCUGCGCGCAAUUUGCGGUCUCGCGAAGCCAGGUGCAUAAGCGGCCGCGCGACGACUACGUUAAGUUCCGACAAUGGAUCAUUGAAACCGAUUUGAAUGAUUCUACUUCAGGACGAGUGAUGGAGUUUUUAUGGCAUGUUAUUUUCGACAUGGACGCGGUUUAUUGUCCCGAUGAGGAGCUCUGCUACUGCCAAGUGUAUGGGAAAUGCUAA